AUGAGUAAAAGAAUCCCGGGUCAUCCGUGUACAGGGAGCGCCGUGUCCCCCGGACAGGAGUCUCUGAGCGGGGACUCCCUCCGCUUCCUCUUUAAUACACUGGAGAAACGUGUGCAGUGCCGCGGCAGCGACGUGUCGUGUGAAAAGUGUGAUCUCACAGAAGGCCUCCAUCAGCUGAUCAGUAACCACUCCAGCCACCAGGGGGCGGAGGAAGAGGAGGAUGAAGCUGGAAGAAGCCUGGAGAAUGUAACAAUCAGUGUGUCCCAGUUCACCCAGCUCGCUGCCGGCUGUGUGCUCCACCUUACCUCUCCUGGAGCGGUCUGCACGGCCAUACGUCAGGGGAGGUGGGCGGAGGAGACGGAGCACUUCCUUCACGAGAUCACACACGGGGAGCAUCAUGAACACCAACAUGAGAAGAGCCGGACUGAGCACGCUCACGACCACAUGGACGUUCAUGGUUUGGAGACUGUGCUCCAGGAGCUUCAGCAUCACUAUGAGCCUGAACACAGUGAGAGCUGUGUUAGACCUGCUGACAUCAUGGCAGAGGUCAACGCAUCACUGCCUGGGCAACAACAGGAAGUGGGCGCUGUUUUGGGCAGAGUAUUAUAUCACGCUCUCAGAGGUCACUGCUUCAUCGGCCACUCCCUGCCCGAGGAGAGCUUCUUCCUGGACUACAUCGUGGGCCACGUGGGGUCAGAAAACUUCACCAUUGAAGAAUUAAAGGCUUUGAUGAGAAGUUUAAACAUCGGCCUCACUGAUGAACACGAACACCAUGAAGGUGAACAUGAACACCAUGAAGGUGAACACGAACACCAUGAGGACGGACACGCCCAUCAUGACCACAGCGGUGGGAGGCGGAGGAAGAGGAGAAGUCUUCAUCUAAAUGAGGGGCAGGAAAGAAACGGCACCUGGGAUCAGCGCUGCUUCUCAGCCGAGGAGCUGGUCCUGAUCCUGGGUAAAGCGGCCGACAACAGUUCCGUCCUGGGUCGGUCCGACCUGGCCCGGCUCAGCCCUGCUCUGGUCCAACAGAUCCUGAGUGGAGCCUGCACAGACAACACAAAGCCAGUGAAACCAGACGGACUCACUGUGACUGAGAGAUACCUCUAUGCAACUCUUGCCAAUGUCAUCAUAACGCUGACGUCCAUGUUUGGCAUCGUGCUGCUGCUGUGCACCUCCUGCACCAGUGUGUUUCAGUACUGUAUCCAGUUCUGCAUCAGCCUGGCUGUAGGCUCUCUGACCGGGGACGCCUUGCUGCACCUCUUACCCAUGUUCCUGGGUUUACACGUGCACUCAGACAAUGAAGGAGGCCACCACGACCACACACAGUCACCACACACACACCAGGAGGAAAUUCCAGACUACAUCUACAAGAUGUUGGUGGUGAUGGCUGGGAUUUACUAUUUUUACCUGAUGGAAACGAUCUUCUCUCUGGUCACGUAUAAAGAAAACCGACACCAUCAUCAACACCAUCAUGCAGAGGAAGCCGAGCCUCACCACUGUGACCACGGGUUGGUUUUAGAGAUGUAUCAACAGGAAAGAAAGCAAAAAGACAAGUCACCUUCCAAAGCAGACCUGGUUGGCUUCGAUGACGAAAAACCACACAAAGAGCCCAAGGAGCGCACCAAAGAGCAGCGACUGCUGCCUUACAUGAUAACCAUCGGUGACGGGAUCCACAACUUUGCAGAUGGAUUAGCCCUAGGCGCCGCGUUUUCGCUGUCAUGGAAGUCUGGUUUGGCCACGUCAUUGGCUGUGCUCUGCCAUGAGCUCCCACAUGAACUGGGUGAUUUUGCCAUUUUGCUGCACAGCGGCGUCUCCGUGCGCAGGGCGUUGCUUUUAAACAUCAGCAGUGCCAUGACGUCGUUCGUUGGUCUGUACAUCGCUCUGUCUGUUGCCAGUGACCUUGCAACCACACAGUGGAUCGCUGCCAUCACUGCGGGGCUGUUUCUGUAUGUGGGACUGGCUGAUAUGCUGCCCACCAUGGUUCACGUGAGCAACAAGAGACCCUGGCUGGUAUUUGUGCUCCAGAGUUUGGGGCUUUUGACCGGCUGGGGCAUUCUGCUGUUGCUGUCACUUUAUGAAGAGAGAAUCAACUUCUAACGCAUGGACCCGUGUCAGGAUGUCGUGACACCUGACCUCCGUACACAGGUGUAUUUUGGAUUCGAGUUAAGAGCUACGGUCUUAUUUGUCCAGCCCCUGGUUAGGCUGAGUACUGCUGUAAGUAUUUUGAAAGGAGCGGUCCACAUUGUCUUAAUGGGUCCCACAUUUUUAUGUAGUCCAGGCUGACCAGCGUUGGUCACAGAAGCCCAUGUUCAUUACAUUUUACUUGUGCACAUUCUGCACAUGUCAUGCCAGAAGUGUUUUGUGUCUGUCCAAAUGUUUUCUCUCUCUUGUUUCCACCUAAACUGACUCUACCUGUUCACCAUGACUAACAGAAAUGUGCAUAGAGUCACUAAGGUUGUGUGACCUCUC